AUGACAUCGCAAAACUCCUCCGGCAGUGGUCCAGAAACAUCACAGACAAGCUUAGAAAACUCUAUUCAGACCUCUCAAAGCCAACGCACCGGAUCUGGCAGCCAAAAUGAUGGUCGCAUGUCUGGCACAAGCCUCAGUGGCUCUGAUCGAAUAUAUCCAAUCCGAUCGCUUGUCGCGAUGAAGCUGGCGCGUGAUUCUCAUGCGUCUCCACCACCAGCGAUUGAUGAAUCAGAGGAAUCUCUGAAUCAGGCGGACACGCCAAUCUCUAGGAUACAUUCGCUGCCUGAGGUAACAGUUCCUUAUCCAAAUCAAGAUGACCAUGCAGUCUCCCAUAAUAGCCUGAGUGUUUCUGUUCACGAUGAGAUAUCUUCGAACACGCCUGCUACAGGAGAUUUGGACCACACGGCAGAUUUAGUCGGCCCUUUGGAUGCACCGUCCCAAGGACCUCCCACUGAGGAUCAAUCCUUAAUGACCUCCCGCUUCGAACAUGUUUUCACAGAGAACGGACAUUCUGUAAAGUCUGAAGAUGGCAAAUUUGCCAUUGAGCGGUGUGAAGAUGAGCCAAUUCGGACCCCAGGUGCAAUUCAAAGCUUUGGGGUGAUGAUUGCCCUAAGAGAGGAGUCCCCUGGUCAGCUUGUCGUUCGUGUGGUGAGCGAAAAUUCGAGACGAAUCAUGGGGGUUUCGCCACGACAACUUUUUGCCUUGGAAAGCUUCACCGAUAUAUUGAGUGUAGAACAACGAGGCCUUUUUCUGGAACAUAUUGACUAUGUUCGAGAUGACUCAUAUGACUUGAUCAUCGAUGGUCCCGAGGUUUUCCUCCUGACAAUUGAACAGCCGUCCGGCAAUCACACUCGGUAUUGGUGCGCAACACACGUCAACCAAGAAAACAAGGCUAUAAUCAUCUGCGAGUUUGAACUGGAGACAGACACACUGAACCCAUUGAAUGUUGAGGAUCGAAAGCCCCCUGAUACUCCCAUAAGUACUUUACAAACCACGCCAACUCCAAGUGCAGCUCAGUAUGCCGAAAGUACAAUCAGUGCAAGCAAUUCGGUGCGUUCUAUUCGAGAAGCCCGGUUGAGAAAGGGUGAGGCUGCUUCAAUGCAGGUCUUUGGUGUACUCUCUCAGAUACAGGCACAGCUUUCGGAGGUGGUUGAACAAGAGAUGCUACUCAAAGUCACCGCGGGAUUGGUAAAAGAAUUGGUUGGAUUCCAUCGAGUUAUGGUUUACCAAUUUGAUGAAAAUGCAAACGGUCGGGUGGUAGCUGAGAUCAUGGAUCCCAAUGUUACUGUAGAUCUAUAUCAAGGUCUUCAUUUCCCCGCUUCAGAUAUCCCGGCUCAGGCCCGUGAGCUAUACAAGAUCAAUAAAGUCCGAUUAUUAUACAACCGGGAUCAUCCUACAGCACGACUGGUAUGUCGGACCUUGGAGGAUCUUGAAACGCCUCUUGAUAUGAGCCACGCCUACCUACGGGCGAUGUCGCCAAUCCACAAUCAAUAUUUGGCAAACAUGAAAGUGCGUUCAUCGAUGUCAAUCAGCAUCAAUGCCUAUGAUAACCUCUGGGGCUUGAUAUCUUGUCAUGGGUACGGUGAAGAUGGUAUACGUGUGCCUUUCCCGAUACGUAAACUUUGCCGUCUGGUCGGCGAUACUGUAGCUCGAAACAUCGAGCGUAUUAAUCGCGCCUCUGAUCUUCAAACACGUGUUAUGAUGAACUCGGUUCCAAAAGAAGCAGAUCCAUCAAAAUAUAUCGUGGGAUCUUCAGAAGACUUAUUAAAACUCUUCCAAGCUGACUAUGGUGUUCUUUCUAUUGGAAACGAAGCGAAGCUUUUUGGCGGCGAGACAAAUUCUCAAGAAGUCCUUGCCCUGGUGGAAUACAUUCGUCAACGAAAAGUCACCUCAAUCCUGGCAUCGCAUGAUAUUGGGCAAGACUUUUCCGACUUAGUCUACAAACCUGGAUUAAAGCGACUCUCAGGCUUGCUCUAUGUCCCAAUAUCUCCCAAUGGACAUGAUUUUAUCAUUUUCUUCCGUCUUGGUCAAGUGAAAACCAUCAGAUGGGCUGGCAAUCCACACAAGUCUUCUGGUGGCGGUAUAGGGCCUCUGACACCACGUCAAAGCUUCAAAGAAUGGCGCGAAAUUACCCUCAGUCGGUCAAAAGAGUGGUCUCAGUCUGACAUCUCUACGGCGGGGAUUCUUGGAUCGGUCUACGGCAAAUUCAUUCAAGUUUGGCGACAGAAGGACAUUCUCAAGAGGAACUCUCAGCUUACACGUCUAUUGCUGGCCAACUCGGCCCAUGAAUUUCGAACACCCCUGAACGCAGUGAUCAAUUACUUGGAAAUUGCCAUGGAAAGCACUCUAGAUGAAGACACUCGUGAAAACCUGAUCCGCUCCUACACGGCCUCCAAGUCACUUGUUUAUAUCAUGAAUGAUCUUCUAGACCUCGCCACUGAAAAUGGACAACAACUCAUCAAGAAUGAUUCUUUCAAGUUGGAACCCACGUUACACGACGCGUUUGGAUUGCUGGCCAGUGAGGCCAAAACGAAAGGUAUUUCCUACAAAUUUAAAAUGAAUCCCGGGCUUCCAGAUGUGGUGCUGGGUGACGAGCGUCGAUUACGGCAAGUCUUUGUGAAUCUUAUUGCAAAUGCCAUUGAGCACACGUCACAGGGUGGUGUGACUGUUCAAGUAUCUACAUCUGAUGUAAAAAGUGAUCGGGUUUCAGUUGAAAUAUCAGUUAUAGACACAGGAUCAGGGAUGCCGAAAUCAACACAGGAGCGCCUUUUCCAAGAGCUUGAAGAGGUCUAUGCAGACAGGGAAUUAACCGGAGACGACGACGAAGGUCAUUUCCAAAGUCAAAAUAAACGUGUGCUGGGUACUGGCCUUGCUUUGGCGGCUCGCAUUGUCCACACAAUGCAAGGGCAGUUGGUUGUCAAGUCUACAGAAGGCCAAGGCAGCCGUUUCAAGGUUAUCCUUCCAUUCCAGAUCCCGGGAGAGGCAUCUUCAUUGCCAGUGCAGGAUUCGAAUAGAUCCAGUCUUCUCCAAAUGCCGAAGUCGCCAUCAAUAUUAGAGGGAGAUUUUAUCCUGAUGAAAAGCGAUAAGCGCGACAGUCGACAAAACGCCGGAAAUGAUUCAACUGAUAGUUAUCUCAGACAUGGAAAGCCUCGGUCUACUGAGCCAUUGCAAUUACAGGACGACUCUCCUGACAAAGAGGGCGAGUCAGACCAACAGCAACAAAUAUCCUUGAGCCUUCCCAUACGACCUGUCGACAGAUCCCAGCAAUCAAAUUCUCCUACGUCAGAUUCGCAACACAGAUCAGCUCAAGAGAACUCUCAGGGUACCUCUGAUAACGCCGUGCCUGAUACACCAGUUUCAUCUUUAAAUGAUACGAGCUUGAACAUUCUGAUCGCGGAAGACAACCCGGUCAACAGCAAGAUUAUGGAAAAACGAUUAAGCAAACUCGGACAUACAGUCCAGUCGACCAGCAAUGGAGAAGCAUGCGUGAAGGCAUUAGCGUCUGAGGGCGAGACUAUUGAUGCGAUUUUGAUGGACAUUCAGGUUGGCGCCAAAUUACUCAAAGUAAAUAAUUGUGCUCCAUGUUGA